AUGGCCCCUCCCGCCCCCGCCCCCACAUCAGGGUCAUCAACCCUCGCCCCCACACCUGCCUUGUCUCAUCGUGACACCCCAACGCCUGGCAUUACCACACCAGCGACCCCAGUCACUCCUCCAGAUGAAAUUUGCACGCGCGAACACGCAUUCUACGCCUUUGAUGUGCUCACAGCGCACUAUGAGCGGCGCGAGGCCGCACCUCCACCAUUCCCAAAUGGGAAAGACAAGUACGCCCUCUUCGUCACUUGGAAUACCCUCAAGCCCCGUAAAGCACUUCGCGGCUGUAUAGGCAACUUCACGCCGAUGCGCCUUGACAAGGGCUUGGCAGAGUAUGCCCUCGUCGCGGCGCUCGAGGACCACCGCUUCUCUCCAAUCCGCGCGGCGGAGCUGCCUGCCCUCGGCUGCGGCGUGAGCCUCCUUACGCCCUUCACGCCCGUCGCCACGCCGCUGUCGUGGGAGCUCGGCACGCACGGCAUCCACAUCACCUUCCCACACCCCACAUCCGGUCGCAACCUGUCCGCGACGUACCUGCCGGACGUGGCGCCCGAGCAGGGCUGGAGCAAGGAGCAGGCCGUGAUGUCGCUCAUCCAGAAGGCCGGGUGGCGCGGGCGCGUCGCCGUCGGCGAUAAGCUGUGGAACAGCAUCAGCACGAAGGUGUACGGUAGUGAGAAGGUCGCCGUCUCGUACGACGAGUACGUCGCGUGGAAGAAGGGCGGUGUCGGGGCACAGCCGCCCGAGAACAAGAAGGGCGCCGAUCGUGGCGCGCUCGCGUAG